AUGGCGCAAUUAGAAAAGAACCAUGCCACGGUUGUGGACUUGGCUCCUCUCAGUCAUUCCAAUUAUAAGCCAUCCGUGAAGAGCAUUUUCAGUAUCAUUCCAGCGUCUUGGGCCCCAUAUGCAAGACUCUGGCGGUUAGACAGCCCCGCCGGAUACAACGCAAUCUUCCUCCCUUACCCGAUCGGCUUGGGUCUCGGUGCAUGCAUUGCGAAGCCUGCACCAUCUCCAACACUGCUCCUCUUCUUAUUAAGUGUAUUUUCCCUCGGUUCUGUCUUCCUUCGUGGUGCAGGCUGCACCUGGAACGACAUCAUCGACCAGGAUAUUGACCGAAAGGUCAAACGAACUCGCAAUCGACCCAUAGCGCGGGGUGUUGUAUCGACAAAGCAAGCUUUGGUGUUUCUGGCCGCCACUACCGUGCUGGGAUCCUCACUACUAGCGCUCCUGCCCACUGGUGCAGCGGUUCAUGCGAUUCCAACCACGGUUCUUUCUGCGAUAUAUCCGUUUGCGAAGAGGGUAACAUAUUACCCACAGUUUGUUCUCGGUUUAGCACUGGGAUGGGGAGUACUCAUGGCUGCGGUGGCCGCUGGGGGUGAUCUUCGUAACAGAAUUGAAUUCGGUGCGAUCAUCAUUCUCUUCUCAGCUGUCGUCCUGUGGACGAUGACUUGCGACAUGAUUUAUGCGCAUCAAGAUGCCGAGGAAGACGCAAAAGUCGGGGUCAAGUCCAUGGCAGUUCGGUUCGCCGAGGAUACAAAGUUGCUGGCUUUGGUCCUUUCUUUUGCUCAGGUCGGCCUAUUGGUCUUUCUCGGUUGGUUUAUUGAGAUGGACGCGAUAUACUAUGCAGCCACCUGUGGUGGAACAGCUGUUUCGUUGGCGAGCAUGAUUAUAUUGGUCGAUCUACGUCAGCCGAAUAACUGCGCUGUAUGGUUCUAUCGCGGGUUGGUAUAUGUUGGCCUGAGCAUGGCGUCAGGAUUCUUUGCAACUUAUUUUGUAGGCGGAAGAUACUUUCGAUGA